CUUCAUGAGCUGUGGGUGAUCAGACCCUCCUCUUCAUCUUCAUUUCCAUCACUCCAUCAUUACGGAGAAUUUUGUUUUUUGUUGAAUUGAAUAGACAUUAAAACCUCUUUGCAUCUGAGCAGCAUUUAUAACUCCUUUCACCAGAUUUGUGAUGUAUUGAGAGAACUUUUGGAAACUUUUGGGAGUUUGAUUGAUUUAUGGUCGGCUGAUACUGGAGUGAAGAUGUCGGUCAGGCGUUUGGCAGCAGCCGCUCUCCUAACACUCACAGUACUGGCAUCAGUGAGAGCGCAAGUAAUGCCUCCUUCAGACUUGAGGUUUAAAAUUUUAAACGAAAACACAGUACAAAUGACAUGGAAACAACCUCUGACAAGGAUCGAGGGCUUCAGAAUACAAGUAAUGUCCAGUACAGAUGAAACUAUUCAAGAAUUCACACUGCCUGCAACAUCGACCAAAACCUCCAUCAAAGAUCUGACUCCUGAUGUGGAUUAUGUUGUUACGAUAAAUUCAUAUUCUGGAGCAGAUGAGAGUUUACCGAUUUCUGGUCAAUUAACAAUCCAGUCAAGCGGUUUUGAGGGAGGCCCCAGGAAACCUCAAGUCUCAGAUGCCAUCAAAUGCUCUGUAAGUGCCAUCGCUGACCUGGUCUUCUUGGUGGACGGCUCUUGGAGUGUCGGCCGGGAGAAUUUCAAAUUCAUCCGUGGUUUUAUAGCAGCCAUGGCUGGGGCGUUUGACCUCGGAGAGGAUAAGACCAGAGUGGGUGUGGUCCAGUACAGCACCGACACCAGAACUGAGUUUAACCUGAACCAGUACUUCAAACGUGCCGAGCUGCUCAGAGCCAUUAACAAUCUGCCAUACAAGGGCGGCAAUACCAUGACAGGUGAUGCUCUGGAUUAUCUGCAGAAAAACAUGUUCACAGAGGCGUCUGGUUCCCGGAAAGGAUUCCCCAAAGUGGCUGUAGUUAUCACAGAUGGAAAAUCUCAGGACCCUGUGGAGAUUUAUGCCAAAAAGUUGAAGAAUGCUGGUGUUGAAAUCUUCACCUUGGGAAUUAAAGAUGCAGAUGUGGAAGAAUUGAAUCAAAUGUCUUCCACGCCUUACAGGACACACGUUUACACAGUGCCAAACUUUGAUAUGAUUAAAGCUGUGGAGAAAUCGUUCAUUACGCAGGUGUGCACCAGUGUAGAUGAUCAACUCAACUCUCUGGCUAGCGGCGAGGAAGUUGUUGAACCAGCAUCAAACCUGCACGUCACAGAGGUUGCAUCCAAGUCUAUGCGUGUAACAUGGGAUGCGUCUAUAGGGGAGGUGACUGGAUACAAGAUACAACUGGUUCCUAUGAUGGCUGGUAGUAAACGUCAGGAGCUGUAUGUCGGUCCCACUCAGACCUCUGUGAACGUGAGAGAUUUGUCCCCUGACACUGAAUAUGAGAUAAGCCUGUUCGCACUCAGCGGUCUGACGCCCAGCGAACCGGUUUUGGCGAUGGAGAAAACCCAGCCUGUUAAAUUAUCAUUGGAAUGUUCUCUGGGUGUGGAUGUUCAAGCCGAUGUUGUUCUCCUGGUCGACGGCUCCUACAGCAUCGGACUGGCAAACUUCGCAAAAGUGCGAGCUUUCUUGGAAGUCCUGGUCAACACGUUUGAUAUCGGGGCUGACAAAGUUCAAAUCAGCUUGGUUCAGUACAGCCGAGACCCACACACUGAGUUCCAACUGAACACCCACCAUGACCUGAGCGCCGUCGUCAAAGCCGUAAGAACGUUUCCCUACCGCGGCGGGUCCACCAACACGGGCAAAGCGAUGACGUAUGUAAGAGAGAGAAUCUUUGUUCCUACCAAAGGCGCUCGUCCGAAUGUACCUCGCGUUAUGAUUCUGAUCACCGAUGGGAAGUCCUCAGAUGCCUUCAAAGACUCGGCGGCUCGGCUUAGGAACUCAGAUGUGGAGAUUUUCGCAGUGGGCGUGAAAGACGCUGUCCGAUCGGAGCUGGAGGCCAUCGCUAAUUCUCCAGCGGAGACCCACGUGUACACCGUAGAGGACUUUGAUGCCUUCCAGAGGAUUUCUAAUGAACUUACCCAGUCCAUCUGUCUGCGAAUUGAGCAGGAGCUUCUGAACAUUAAGAGGAAAAGUUUGACUGCACCUAGGUCUCUGACCUUCUCAGAGGUGACCUCCAGGAGUUUCAGAGCCUCAUGGAUAACUGAUGCCAUGGAUGUGCAGUCUUACCUCGUGCAGUACAGGCCUGCUGCGGACUCCGAUGCGAGCUACAUCUCCGUCUCUGUGCCUGGAGACACUCCUACAAAUGUCUUACACCACCUCACGCCUGUAACGAAGUAUGAAGUCAAAGUUUACGCCCAAUAUGAGAAGGGAGAAAGCUUUCCUCUAACUGACUUUGAGACCACGCUAGAAGAACAAGGAUCCGUGAACAACCUCAGAGUAUCUGAGGAGACCACCAACAGUUUCCGUGUCUCAUGGGGAGCAGCUCCAGGGGCCGUGGUGCGUUAUAGACUCACGUACGUCCCGGUCCAAGGGGAUACUGGCGUGCUAGAGACGGCAACAGCUGGCCCUGACACUACCAUCAUUCUGCAACAGCUUUACCCAGUCACCACCUACCGUGUCUCUGUGGCUGCCGAAUACUCAGCAGGCGUUGGGCCUCAGAUGCAAAUCGAUGGAACAACCAAAGAAGAACGUGGCUCUCCAAGAGACCUGCGUGUUUCUGAUGAGACGGUUUCCUCCAUGCAGCUGUCCUGGGUGGCAGCGCCAGGAAGGGUCCUUCAGUACCGUGUGUCUUACCAGCCUACAACGGGCGGUGAGAUGAAAGAGGUGACGGUUAAAGGUGAAACCACAGCGACAGUGCUGAAGAACCUGCAACCAGACACAGAGUACCGGCUGGCCGUGAAGGCACGCUACUCCUCCGGGUUUGGAGAUCCUCUGCAGGACACAGGAACCACUCUGGAGGAGUUGGGUUCCCCAAGAGACUUAAUAACCAGUGAUGUGACAGACACCAGCUUUAUGGCAUCAUGGACGGCUGCUCCAGGACGGGUGAGGGAGUAUCAUGUCCGCUGGAGGUCUCUCUUCUCAGAGGAGUCUGGGAAGAAGGUGGUGCCUGGAGAUGUGACCAGCACACUGCUAGAGAACCUCACGCCUGAAACACGCUAUCAGGUGUCUGUGUUCGCUUCUUAUGCCAGCGGUGAUGGAAAACCACUCAUAGGGGAGGAGACCACUGAUGCAUCUACGUCUGGCAAUAAAAAUUUAGUGGUGUCGGAUGAAACUGAGAGAACCAUGCGUGUGACAUGGCUACCUGCUCCAGGCCCUGUGGCCAGCUACAGGCUCACAUAUGUCCCUCAAGCCGGCGGUAAAGAGAUGACCAUCAAGGUUCCUGCCAAUGUGACCACCACCAUGCUGAGAAAACUGCAGCCUCUGACCACCUACGACAUCACUGUACAUCCCAUUUACAAACGAGGAGAAGGAAAAGCAAGGCAAGGAGUAGGAACCACACUGUCACCAUAUAAAGCCCCAAGAAACCUGCAAACCUCUGAGCCCACCAAGACGAGUUUCCGUGUGUCUUGGGACCCCGCUCCUGGUGCCGUACGUGGGUACAAAGUCACGUUCCAUCCCAGCGGUGAUGACAUUGAUCUGGGACAACUUCUUGUUGGACCUUACGACAACACAGUCGUUCUAGAGGAACUCAGAGCUGGAACUAAAUACUCUGUGGCUGUUUUUGGAAUGUUUGAUGGAGGUCAAAGUUUGCCUUUGGCUGGAGAGGAGAAGACCACCCUCUCUGAUGCACCUGAGCCUCCUCCUGUUGAGCCCUCAGAUGCUCAGUGUAAGACUACAGCCAAGGCUGAUAUCGUCCUGCUGGUGGAUGGAUCCUGGAGUAUCGGCCGUUUGAAUUUCAAAACAAUCCGAGCUUUUAUUGGUCGCAUGGUGGGCGUCUUUGACAUCGGCCCAGACAGGGUUCAAAUCGGUUUGGCUCAAUAUAGCGGGGAUCCCAAAACCGAGUGGCAUUUGAAUGCCCAUUCCACUCGUGAAUCCCUGCUAGAAGCGGUAACCAACUUACCCUACAAAGGCGGAAAUACAAUGACUGGUAUGGCCUUGAACUACAUCCUCCAGAACAACUUCAAACCAAACGUGGGUUUAAGACCCGAUUCUCGGAAGAUUGGUGUCCUUGUUACAGAUGGCAAAUCUCAGGAUGAGAUUGUAUUCAAUUCUCAGAAACUGCGUGACUCGGGCAUUGAACUCUAUGCCGUUGGUGUAAAGAAUGCAGAUGAAAAUGAGUUGCGAUCCAUUGCCUCCGACCCUGAUGAGAUCCACAUGUACAAUGUCAACGACUUCUCUUUUCUGUUGGACAUUGUGGAUGACCUCACCAACAACCUCUGCAACAGUGUUAAAGGCCCAGGAGGUGGCCCAGGGACGCCCACUGACCUAGUGACUUCAGAGGUGACACACUACUCAUUCCGUGCUACCUGGAUGCCACCUGACGAGCCAGUGGAGAGGUUCCGUAUUGAAUACGUCCCUGCCGCUGGAGGAACCCCUGAAGUACUGUUUGUUGAUGGCGAAGAAAACACAGUUGUCCUGCUCAACUUGACCCCCAUGACCGAGUACAUUGUCCAAGUUUUUGGUGUGAUUGGUGAGGAGAGCAGUGAGCCACUGAAAGGAACUGAAACCACAUUGCCCCUACCUGCCGUGACAAGCAUGACAGUGUAUGACGAGGCCCUGAUGUCUAUGCGGGUCAGGUGGGAGCUUGUGGGCGGGGCCAGUGGGUAUUUGCUGAUCUACAGCGCCAUCAAUGCCAGCGUGCCCUCUGGAAAGAUGGAGAUGCGAGUUGGUGCAGAUGUGAAUGACGUCCAGCUAUUGCAGCUGCUUCCAAACACGGCGUACUCCAUCUCCCUGUCCGCCCUGCACAGAGAUAUGCCCAGUGAACCGCUCAUCGACAGAGGAGUCACUUUGCCUCUGCCUACAGCUGGUGAGUUGAGGAUCAAUGAAGUCACUCAUAGCUCCAUGCGUCUCACUUGGGAUGCAGCUCCUGGAAAUGUCAGGAAGUACAUCAUCACAUAUAGGCGAGAGGACGGAGAACAGAAAGAGGUUGAGGUCAACGGUGACAUCACCACCCUGGUUCUGACCAGCCUCCGCUCACAGACGGAGUAUAGUGUUGACGUCACUCCCGUCUACGACGAGGGUUCAGGAACUCCAGUGCAUGGCACAGCAAUAACUGAUGUUGUUCCUGCGCCUAAGAACUUGAGGUUUUCUGAGGUGACCCAGACGUCAUUUAGAGUCACGUGGGAGCAUGGAGCACCAGAUGUUGCACUGUAUCGCAUCGGUUGGACCAAGAAGGGAGAGAACGACUUCAAAUAUGAUAUCCUGAGUCGUGAGGAGAUUACACAAGUUCUAACGGAAUUAGACCCAGACACACCGUAUGACGUCACCAUCACAGCCAUCUAUCCCGAUGAGUCAGAGAGCGAGGACCUGAUGGGAACCCAACGCACAUUUUCAAAGAUCAUUUCAUCUGUGCCGACUGGACCACCACAAAACCUCCAGGUCUUCAACGCCACCACUACCACUCUAACAGUGAAAUGGGACCACGCUUCAGGCCCGGUCCAGAACUACAAAGUCACCUACCAGCCCGUUGCGGGUGGAAAGUCACUGUCUGUUCAGGUUGGUGGAAAGAAGAACAGUGUUAUUCUUCAGAAGUUGACUCCUAAUACGCCAUAUUCCAUCACGGUGGCCGCCGUCUAUCGAACUGGAGAGAGCAAAGAUAUUUCUGGCCAGGGAAAGACAAAGCCUUUAGGAGGAGUGAAAAACCUGCAGGUGCUCAACCCCACAAUGACAACGCUGAACGUCCGUUGGGAACCAGCAGAAGGAAAAGUGAAGGAAUAUAAGGUUGUCUACGUGCCUGCGGCUGGUGGUGCCGAAAGCAUGGUAGGACUGGAGCAGGUAUCUGCCACCACUACGACCACAGUUCUGAGAGGCCUUCAGUCCGAUACUCUCUACACUGUCACCUUGAUUCCUGUUUAUGCUGAGGGAGAUGGACAGAGAAUGUCUGAGAAUGGAAAAACAAGGGCCUUGGGUGGUGUGAAGAACCUGAGGAUAACUGACCCUACCAUGACCUCAUUGAAUGUCAAAUGGGAGCCUGCGGAUGGGGCCGUGCGCCAGUACAAGAUUUUCUUCGUCCCUGCAGCUGGAGGAACUGAAGCAAUGGAACAAGUACCUGGGGCUCAGACUAACAUAGUUUUACGAAACCUGACCCCUGAUACUAUCUACACUGUGUCUGUGGUUCCAGUGUAUCCCGCCACAGAGGGCAGACGUCAGUCUGAGAAUGGAAAGACCUUGCCUCUUGGAGGUGUUAGAAACAUCCGUAUUACCAACCCCACCUUCACAACACUCACCGCCACCUGGGAAGCUGCUGAUGGAAAUGUGCAGGGGUACAAAGUGUUAUAUGUGCCCACCAACGGAGGAACAGAGCUCAUGGAGCAAGUAUCUGAGAGCACAACAACAUUAGUGUUGAAAAAACUCCUGCCAGACACCAUGUACACAGUGACUGUAGUGCCGGUGUUUGCUGAAGGAGACGGACCUCAACUCUCAGAGAAGGGAAAGACCAAACCUUUGGGUGGCGUGAGGAACCUGAUGGUGACAGAUCCGACUAUCAGCACCUUGAACGUCCGCUGGGAGCCGGCAGAAGGCACUGUUCGGGAAUAUAUUGUAAUUUAUGUUCCUGCUGGUGGUCAAGAUCAAGAAGUGGAUCAAGUGUCUGGAACCACAACCUUUACUGUUCUGAAGAACUUAGAGCCCGACACAACUUACACUGUGACUGUGGUGCCGGUCUAUGCUGAAAUGGAGGGCAAACCUCUUUCAGAGAAUGGCAAAACAAGACCAUUGGGUGGAGUUCACAACCUUCAGGUCACCGAUCCCACCAGCAGCACCCUCUCGGUGCGAUGGGAGCAUGCUGAUGGAAACCCCCGAAAUUACAAGGUUUUCUACGUUCCACAGCCUGGAGAUGAUGAAAAGAUGGAACUAGUUUCCGGUGGCACGACAAGCACCAUCCUGCGUAAUCUUAACGCCAACACGGUAUACAAGGUCACAUUGUUGCCUAUGUAUGAAAACGAUGUAGAAGGAAAACGUCAGUCUGACAAUGGAAAGACAAAACCUAUGGGAAGUGUGAAGAACCUACAGGUGACGGACCCAACUGUGAACUCUUUGAGGGUGCGAUGGGACCCGGCCGAUGGAGAUGUCCGUCAAUACAACAUCAUCUAUGUGCCUGUUGCCGGAGGUGCUUCCAGCACGACCCAAGUGUCUGGGAUGUCGACCAAUACUAUUCUAAGGAACCUGCAGCCAGACAUGGAGUACAGAGUUACCGUAGUGCCAGUUUACGCCGAUGCCGAAGGAAAGAAACAGUCCGACAAUGGAAAAACAAAGCCUCUGGGUGGAGUGAAGAACCUGCAGGUCACCGAUCCCACAACCAACUCAUUGAAGGUGCGCUGGGAGCCAGCUGAGGGUAACGUCCGGCAGUAUAGAAUCUUCUAUGUGCCAGCGUCUGGUGGUGCUGAAGACAUGGAGCAAGUCUCUGGAGGAACAACCAACACUGUCCUGAGGAACCUUCUGUCAGACACGGUCUAUACUGUGACUGUGGUGCCUGUUUAUCCAGAGGGAGAUGGACUCCGUCAAUCUGAGAAAGGAAAAACUCUUCCACGUUUCCCUCCCAGAAACAUUGUGGUCUACAACCCGACUCCCAACAGCCUUAAUGUGCGCUGGGAGCCCGCCUCGGGCCUGGUGCAGCAGUACAAGGUCACCUAUGCCCCACUGAGUGGCAUCCGGCCUCUUGAAUCGGUUCUCGUUCCAGGAAAUGUCAACAAUGCUUUCCUGGAUCAACUCAUCCCGGAUACUCCGUACUCAGUGAGCGUAAUGGCCAUGUACGCAGACGGACAAGGCCCGGGAAUUGAUGGGAAAGGAAAAACACUACCGCGAGCUGGACCCAGAAACUUGCGAGUCUUCGAAACCACCACGAGCACGAUCAGCAUCGGCUGGGAUCACGCAGAGGGUCCUGUGCAACAAUAUAAGAUUGCGUAUGCGCCAUUGACAGGGGAUCCCAUCACAGAAUUUAGUGCUGUUCCUGGCAACAGAAAUAAUGCUAUCCUUCAAAACCUGCUUCCCGACACGCCGUACAACAUCACAGUGACAGCGAUUUAUGCUGAAGGACCUGGUGGAUCUCUGAAUGGAAACGCAAGGACACUUGGCCUGCUGGCCCCUCAGAAUCUGCGGGUCUCGGACGAGUGGUACACACGCUUCCGUGUGUCCUGGGACCCGGCGCCAUCUCCGGUCAUGGGUUACAAACUAGUCUACCAGCCAACAGAUAAGGAUGAGUCUUUGGAGGUGUUUGUUGGUGAUGUCACCACCUAUACACUUCACAAUCUGCUGCCUGGCACCACGUAUGAUGUUCAGGUGUACGCCCAGUACGAUGGCGGUGUGAGCAAAGCCCUCUUAGGACAAGGAACAACAUUGUACCUCAAUGUCACCAACCUGGAGUCAUAUGACGUCGGCUACGACAGGUUCUGCAUUAAAUGGACACCUCACCGCGCCGCCACGUCUUACAGAAUCAAGCUGAACCCUCUGGAUCCCUCAGCUAAAGGUCAGCAGGAGAUCACCAUCACGGCCGCUCAGAGUCAAUACUGUUUCGAGGGCUUGAGUCCAGACUCUCUCUACAAUGCUACUGUGUUCGUCCAGACGCCCAAUCUAGAGGGACCCGGAGUCAGUACCAAAGAACGCACCCGUGUCAAACCAACACCUGUGCCAACAAAACCACCCACACCCCCUCCACCACCCACCAUACCACCUGGUUGGGCGGUUUGCAAAGGAGCCAAGGCAGAUGUGGUUUUCCUGAUUGAUGGCUCAUGGAGUAUUGGAGAUGACAGUUUCAACAAAGUUGUCAAGUUUGUCUUCAGCGUCGUCGGAGCCUUUGAUGUCAUUGGUCCAUCAGGAAUGCAGGUUUCAUUCGUGCAGUACAGCGAUGAUGCAAAGACGGAGUUCAAACUUAAUGCAUAUAAUGACAAGGGCAUGCUGCUUUCUGCUCUCAAACUCAUUCGCUACAGGGGAGGAAACACUAAGACAGGUGUUGCACUGAAGCAUGUGUACGAGAAGGUCUUCACUGUAGAAAGUGGAAUGAGGAGAAACGUGCCGAAAGUUGUUGUUGCUGUAACAGAUGGACGUUCUCAAGAUGAUGUGCAAAAGAAUGCUGCUAAACUACAGCAUGCUGGUUACAGUGUGUUUGUGGUCGGCGUAGCCGAUGUGGACUUUGUCGAGCUGCAGAACAUUGCGAGCAAACCGAGCGAACGUCACGUCUUUGUGGUGGACGACUUUGACGCCUUCUCCACCAUUCAGGACAAUCUGGUCACGUUCAUUUGUGAAACGGCAACAUCCUCCUGCCCAUUGAUCUAUGUCAAUGGAUUCACAUCGCCAGGAUUCAGAAUGCUGGAAGCCUUCAAUUUGACUGAAAAGGUGUACGCUAGCACCAAGGGUGUGUCUAUGGAACCUGGUUCUUUCAACAGUUACACCGCCUACAGACUCCACAAGAACGCUUUCCUGAAUCAGCCUUCAUUGUAUAUUCAUCCGGAUGGUCUACCGUCCACAUUCACCAUCAUUCUGACAUUCCGACUGUUGCCUGACUCGCCGACUGAGGCCUUCGAUAUCUGGCAGGUGUCGGACAAGAACUACAAACCUGAGACUGGUGUCACCAUUGACCCAUCCGGUCAAGCUGUGUCAUUUUACACUAAGGACACAACAGGCGAGAUCCAACGUGCCACAUUUAAAAACGAUCAUGUGAAGAAGAUUUUCCAUGGAAGCUUCCACAAGCUCCACAUCCUGGUGUCUCCCAAGAGCGUCAAACUGCACGUGGACUGUCAGGAAGUGGCUGAGAAAGAGAUUAAGUCAAGAGGAAACAUAUCGAAAGAUGGAUAUCAAGUGCUCGGAAAGAUGUCGAAAUCUAUUGGAUCUAAAGGGGAGUCGGCAACAUUCCAGCUCCAGAUGUUUGACAUUGUGUGCAGUCUCGGUUGGACCAGCAGGGACCGAUGCUGUGACAUUCCUUCAAUGAGAGAUGAAUCCAAGUGUCCAGCUCUCCCCAACGCCUGCCAAUGCACCUCAGACAGUACGGGGCCCCAGGGCCCUCAGGGCCCAGUGGGUGCACCGGGAAGCAAAGGACCUCGUGGUGAGAAAGGAGAUGCAGGUCAAGUUGGUCCAGUUGGGCAGCGUGGAGACAUGGGUUUGCCUGGUCCGAUGGGCCUUCCAGGACCACAGGGCCCCAGCGGGCUCUCCAUCCCAGGCGAGGCUGGUCGUCCAGGUCCAAAGGGAGAUCCGGGUGAUGCUGGCUUACCUGGACAGAAAGGUCCACCGGGACCAGCUGGAGCUGUUGGGCCUGUUGGACCGGCGGGAAUACGGGGACCCCCAGGCAAGGAAGGGCAAGUGGGACCCAGAGGCCCUCAAGGACCUAUGGGACCCCCAGGAGCCCCAGGAAUGCAAGGACAUUCUGGAAAGCCUGGAAAACCCGGAGACACAGGUGUUCCGGGACGUUCGGGGGUUAAAGGAGACAAAGGAGAACGAGGAGACAUUGCAUCACAGAGCAUGAUGCGCUCCAUCGCCAGACAAGUUUGCGAACAGCUUGUGAACGGGCAAAUGGGUCGAUUCAACGAAAUGCUAAACCAGAUCCCCAGUAACUAUCACAGCAACACUCCUGGGCCCGCUGGUGCCCCUGGACAACCCGGACCCCAGGGACCACGUGGAGAGCCCGGUCGGAUAGGCAGAAAUGGCCUGCCAGGAAGUCCAGGGUUGCCUGGUCCCCAGGGAGAACGAGGGCUGACUGGAGAGAAAGGAGACAGAGGAAGUCCAGGCAAUGGAGAGAGGGGACAAAGAGGUGCCACCGGACCACCUGGCCCACCAGGUGAGUCCAGAACUGGUCCUCCUGGUCCCAGCGGUUCCCCUGGCAACCGUGGUCCACCCGGUCGCAACGGUGUCGCCGGAGUACGGGGUCCACCCGGCCCACCGGGCUACUGUGAUUCCUCUCAGUGUGUCGGUAUUCCGUAUAACGGACAGGGUUACAGAGGUUCAUAAACUUUCUAAAGCACCUGUGCUGCUUACACUUUGAAAUCCUGAGAAAAGUCACGUGUUAUUGGGCUCUGUGCGGAUAGCCACCACGGAGAUGAUUAAACGAACACUAUUGAACGAAAACAAACAAACAAACAAAACAAGAUUACGAUCUGCGGAUGGGUACUAACAACAACUCACAGCCACGGGCAUCAGUGACGGCAGCCAAAACAAAUGAAAGCAAACAGUCGGCUGGGGACGCAUGAACGAAACACGCAAAAACAAACACAAGCAACCACAACAAUUACUAACCAGGUGGAUCUGUAGCCAAAACAACUGUCAUUUAGCAUGUUAACGCAAAGAUUUUUGUUUAUUUCUGUAAAUAAACUAAUCAUGCCUAGUAAAUGGAUCCCAAACCACUAAAUAUUAGUUUUAACCCUCGUAGUGAGCUUGUGCGUUGUAUUCUGCUGCUUUGCUGAAUGCCGACACCAGUGCCUCUCUCUUUUUAUUUUUUUUACUAUGUGCCUUAAGUGAUCGUACAGAUUUUUGCUCAGGGCCAAAUUUGAAGCACGCAUCUUUUUGUACAUAAGAUCCCAGAGGUUUCUUUCUUUUAGUUUGAAUUCUCUGUGUACACAGUUAUAGGAUUAGUCCUCCUUCAAUUGACUAAGUUAUGGACUGAAUUAUUAUCUGAAUGUGCUUGUGUUUGUAUUCUUCAUUUUAGUUCUCAUGUAGGUAUUUUUGGAAGGCAAAAAUGCCCAUAUCAGCAGCUAUUUGUUUUAAUAGACAGAUGUUUCCCAUGAUUGCCAGUGUCUUUAUAUAUACACAGUUGGAUCAAAAAGUCUGAGAACACAUAACAAAUCUGGGACUUUUUUUUUUUUUUUUUGGUUUGGUUUGUUUUGUUUUCAUUUAAAUAUGGAAAUAAACUGUUUUAUGAUUUUAAAAUAAACACUGUAAGACAAUUCAUGACAAAAAAAUGAAUCAUUCAGAUUCUGUACCUUUUCUAGUUCACUAAUCACAUGUCAGCAAAUUUGUGACAUUAACCAUGUUAACUCCUUGUAGAAAAGAUCAGACUUCCUUGAAACACACCAGAUGCUCUGUGGAACAUUCUCAAAUCCGCAAAAGUCUCGUUAAAACAUUUUUCACACUCUUAUUCGUUUUUAAAUUGAUCUACUAACAAUGUCCAACAGUGUAUGUACAUGAAUCACAGGUGAUUUAUGUCAUUUGUUUUUUCUUAAAGAAAAUUUUCACCACAUCUUAAAUUCUGUAUUGUGUUUAAUAGAAUUCUGUGGGGAAAAUAACACUGAUGGAAAUGAAAUGUUUAAUGUGUUUGAAAUAAAAUGACGGACUUCUUUGUCUUGCUAAGGCUAAUUUCAUAUCUAACAUUUUACGUAUCCUAAAAUACAUACAAUUAAAUUCUAUUUUCACACUUUUUGCAUAAUUUGGCAAAAGUACAUCUUGAUUGGAAAUGACGGCCCCUAAAAAUAUUCUGCUCACAAGUGAUAUUUACCUUGAUUUUUGUUUUCUUCGAACACAUUUUAUCUUUUUAGUGACACUUUUGUCCACUUGGUUAACAAGUACAAUAACUUUUGAAAAAACGUUAUUACGAGCAAAAUUGUUUGGUUUGGUGGAAAUGUGCACAACUGUGGGACAUUCGUAAGUUUUGAAAAAAAUUAAUAUAAAUAAAAUAAAAUACAUAAAAAGAAAUUGUAGAAAUAAUUUUCACAAAAUAAGUAUUGAAAAUGUUUAUUUCACUCUUUGCUUUCAUUUCAUUGUUUUAGAAAUGUAAUUUGUAUUUUUAUGAUAGAUUUUCAUAGUUUAAUAUUGAAAGUCUGGGUCUGGGACAAGACUAAAACAAUAAAAUAUACACAUAAAAAGCAUUUUAAAAGUAGCAAAAAUAAAUGGAGAAGGCCUGGUAAAAAAAAAAAAAAAAAAAAAAAAAAAGCUGAAAUUGGUUUAAUACAAAUCAAACCUUGUGACAUAAAAUUACCCAAAGUUAAAGAAACACAUUAAAUUCAAUCUAUCUAUCAAAAUUCUGCAUUUUUCCUAGAGGUCUCAGACUUUUGGACCCCACUGUAUAUAUUUCUAACUCUGUUCUAUCAGUGUCCUUCAAACCAGCAGUGCCUAACCUUACCAUUGAACUUACCAUGCUUGCAAUUGUGUCAAGCACAUUCAGAAAGGUAACAAUUGUAUUUUGGCCAAGCAGAACAGUUUCCACCUGACGCUGAGCAUGUAGUCCAAAUACCUGAAGAAGACUUUGAGAUAUCACCAAACCAACGGCGCAAGAGGUCACUGCCUGAGACGGGAUCCAAAAGGAUAGCCUAGUAAAAGGGGGGAGUUCAUUGGCGAUGUGUUUGUUGAUGUUCCGUUGGCCUGUAAAGAUAAUUGUGUGAAUUCAGCACAGCAGAUCGGAUGAUUAUGCGCAUAAAUCUCGUAAUAUAACCUCAAAGCUUUCUGUCUGUCCACUUGUACUCCAUUGCUUGUAAAAUAGCAUUAAAUAUUUGUUCGAUUGGAUUCAUUUGUCACAGCAGAGUGCAGGUGAAAGGUGUUUGAUAAUUUAUUACCAUGGAAGGGUUUCCAAACAUCAACACCUCUUCCAAUCAUCUGCAUAUUCACAAAUCAUCAUUUAUGUCUCAUACGCAUUAGUUAUCCAUUUCUGUCUUCACCUGAAAGGUUGUCUUUUUGUAAACAUCCACAGUAAAACAUGCCCUCCGUUGCUUUAUAAUAAAUCAAAUAUUGAUCAUAUUGGAUGAAUGUUUGAUUGAACUCACAGCUGAUUUUACCAAAGGUGGAAUUGCAUGUCUGUGGUGUAUAUUUAGUAUAUUUUUAUUUCAUUUGUAGUUGUUUGUUUUUCUUUUUGUUAAUCCAGAAUAUAGUUGUUGUAAUUGUUGUUUUAACAGUAUCAAAUGCAGUUGGCAUUUAUGUGCAAAACUAUACAUGGAUAUAGUAUUGCUUCUUCAUGUUUGUAACUGCACAUUGUGAAUUCCACAGCCUUAUUUUCUUAUUUAUUUCUGAAACAGAGGAGGCAUUUUUCAAUAAAACUACUGAAAAUAUCA